AUGUCGACAGCUGACCAUCCUGAAACCGGUGGUCAAACGGAACGCGUCAAUAGCGUACUCGAAGAGAUGCUUCAAGGGUAUGUCCACUCGCUUACGAGCUGGACUGAGUUCUUGCCGAUACUGGAAUUCACCAUCAACAACUCGGUGCACGCGUCGACAACGCAUACACUGUUCUUCGUGAAUGGCCUACGCCAUCCACGUGUACCCGCGUUUUUAGGGUGUGACUCUAGUUUGAGGGGGGCGGGGUUGAAUCGCUCGAACAAAAACCGAUCUGGUUCUUGCUUAUCACCCGUCGACAAUGGUGGCGACGUGAUAGAUGCCGAUGUCGAUGCAAUCGAUAUCGAUGUUGAUGAUGACGACGAUGCUGGUAUAUUCAGCAUUUCCAAUAAUUGCCACAGCGAGGACGAUGACGCCAUCACUGGUGAAGACAACGUUCUUUCAGCAGUGCACACGAAGCGCACUGCUGUUGACAAAAAUGAAUCAGCAGCGGAAUUUCUGCUGACUCGCGAAGCGGUUGUCCGCUUCGACAAAAGUACUAUUGCAAAAUCAUUAGACUGA